AGAACGUUUUGGGCGCACGGGGAGCGUUCCCAUUGGUUCGUAAGGCUGCGGACGACAUAACUUGAUACGAUGACGCAACGUUUAUACCGCGACUCUCGACCACAUCCGAGGUGGUGGUCGUACCGACAUUAGUUUUCCCUGGCAGUGCUCGUGGAACAUACAGUGCAUACUGGAGCCUCGCACCUUUGACCUCAGUUCUUAACUCGAAGCGGUGAACAUAUCAUCUCUCUCCUCCAUCGGGACUUCACAAAUAUUAUGCAGCAGCCCGCAGACGCUAGACCCCGCCUGUGUGACUAGGAAAACAGUGCCGCAGAGAACUCCAAUCACAUCAUAUAUUGUCUGCAACCCAACGCCCAGACUCAGCCACGACAUGGAAAUGAAAAGCGAGGUUAUGAGCCCCGUUAGUGUCCUCAGCGGUGACCACCUGAAAUACGCCCUCUCUGACGUCAACCCGAAGCAUAGUAGUAAAGACUUCAGUGUUUGUGAAGAAUUGUCAACAGGGCCCUACAAGGUGUCGUGGAAGGUAGAAAAUGACAAAGAAAGAGUCAAGGUGGCGAGGGAAAUACCAUCGGCCAGCCGCAAGAGAGAACAAAGUAUUACUCUGAAGAAAUAUGAUGAAGAUGUUCGUUCUCCAGAGAGCAGUGUGUCCUCAGAGGGAACAAAUGAUGAGAAGAUAUCCCUGGGUUCUCCACCGUCCAAGAGGAGGAAAGUGUACUUGAUGCCGCCCUUUCAAGACCCCGAGACCGAAAGAAAAAGGAGGAACGCCAUCAUUGCCUAUCAGAACCGCCAACGGAGAAAAGGAGAGAUGGUGAGGAUGGAAAGUCAACUGGAGAAACUGAGAAAGAUCAACAAGGAAAUAGAGAGCAGUUUACAGCACGUAACAGAAGAGCUGAGACAACGCCACGAGGAGCUGAGACGCAUGCACACCCAGAACGCGGAGCUUCUGGAAGCCAAACGGACCUUAGAAACCCAAACGCGGUCUCAGCAGGAAAAGUUUUCGGUCAUUCGGGAACACAUCCUCCUCAUCAAUGGGAGUCUUGAGGAAGGAAACAUUGCCAAGAGGUUCCUCGAUGUGUUAAAAGAGCGCGUUGACGCUGCCUUCUCGGCGUGCGUCCUACAUCAGUCCUCUGCUAACGCCUCAUCAUUCGUCACUAUCACACCGCCGCCUGGCAGUACCUCACCACCCCCUGUAGGUUCUCCAUCCUUCAUGAACUCGAUUCCUCCCCACCACAGGCCACCUCCCUCUCUGAUACGAGUCGCACCCAGCACACCUGAGACCACUCCCAGUGUUAAAUCAGAGAGGGCAUGAAUUUCAGGGGAUUUCAUGCAUGUUUGGUUAUUUAUAUAUCAUUCUGUCUGUCUAUCUAUCCUGGACACUAUGUAUUCAGUAAUAUAAAAGAAUGUAUUGGUUUGAAAUUGAGUGAUGGUUUUGUAUUGCACUUGUAUAAGUAUUGGCAUAGUAAAAUAAAUAACGCAUCGAGGUCAGCGGGAAAGAGGACUUCAUACCAAGACAAAAGGCAAAUAGGGGACAAACGGUAAAGCUGCGUGUUGCUUCAGCUCUUAUCUGUCUCACUCGCCUUUGAGUCCUAAACAUUUCGGAGCCCAAACACACACAUUUGAUAAGCCUUCCAUAGGAGUUUGGGAGCAUAUGCAGAGGUAGUUUCAUGUCCCUUUUGGUAGUUUGAUCAUUCUUUUGUGCCAUGAACCUACAAAAACACACAUUUGACAAGGCUGUCGUAGGAGUUUGGGGCAUUUGCUGAAGUAGUUUUAUGACCCUUCAGGUAGCUUGAUCAUUCUCUUGUGCCAUGAACCUGCAAAACACUCAUUAGAAAGCGAUUGAUCUCCUUUUCGACCUUUGGAAAUGGUUGAUGUGAAAGGAUUAAGCGUCCGCAGUCCAGUGUGGCAUCAUGGAUAUAUUCCUUAUAAUCACUGCAAAUGCGGAAUAAUAGAUAGAUAGAUAGAUAGGCUAUGCUGAACGAAACUUUGAUGUAACCGCCUCAUACCUAUUUUGUAUUUCGUGGUUGUAUUAAACAGAACUAUGCUGUAACCUGUUCA